AUGCCUUCUUCGGAGCCGUCGUUCAGUGCCUUCCGAGAGCGACUGCUCUCUGAAACCGUCAAAGAGCGACUGCUCUCCGAAACCGAUGAUGUCGCAGAUCUCGGGGCUCCCGCGGGGCUGGGCAGCAGAGCCAACUCCUUCAUCGUCCGGACCAAGGAGAACUCCACCUUUCGCCCCCUCACGGCUGGGGGUGUGCGGCAAAGCAUCCUGGUCUUGGUGCAGACAUCCCUCGGAGGAGGCAUUUUGACAAUGGGCUACAUGAUGAAGCUGGCCGGCUUGGCGAACGGACUCCUCUUUUUGCUGCUGGCAGCCUUUGUUGCGGCUGCAAGCAUGGAAGUGUUGAUGAAGAGCGCGGUGAUGUUGCACCGCUACACCUUGGGAAGUCUUCUUGGUUACGUCUUUGGAAGGAAGAGCGGCGUCCUUUUGGACAUGAUGCUUUUCAUCUACGGCAAUGGCACGCUGAUCCUGUACUUCGUGUUCCUAGGCGACUUUAUCCCGAACAUUUUCCAGGCCGUGAUGGGAGGAGCGGAUAGCCCGCCUGCAGAGCAGGAGAAGCUUCGGACCUACUGCGUAGUGGCCGCAAUGUGCACCGUGAUGCCGGUGAGCCUUUUCCGCGAUCUCUCCAUGCUGAGGGUCCUGUCACCGGUCAUGGUGAUCGGCAUCGUCUACACCGAGCUUGUGGUGCUGAUCAAGUGCUUCACAUCUGAAAGGAGCCAUGUGGAGAUUCGUGAGGUGGAAUGGAGUUUCUUUCCGAACUUGCAAGCCUUCAGUCUAUGUGUCUUCGGCUACGUGUGUCACAUGAACGUGACGCCGGUGGCCAAGGAGCUCGAGAGCCCCUCGGACCGGCGCAUCGAGAAGGUCACCUUCCGAGUAGUCGUGGUGCAGUUCAUUAUCUACACGCUCCUUGCAGCUACCUCACCUUCGGCGAGGGAACUUUGCCAAACCUCCUGCAGAACUAUCCGGCUGACGACUGGGCAGUGCUCGGAAGCCGCGUGA